AUGUUUAAUGCUCAAGCACCAUAUGUUGCUCGAGCCAACCGGCAACAGCAACAACAUCGAAAAAAACGAAAAGAUACUACUCGUGAGAAUAUUGCUCGUGAUAAUAAUAUUCGUAAAGUUACAGCAUCGAAACCAGAGGAAUUACUACAAUCAGGUUAUUUAAAUUCCAAUACUUCCACAUUCAUAUCGAAUUAUGACGAUGACGAUGAUGACAAUAUUGAUUGGAAUGAAAAUUUAGUUGAUUUAUCUGCUGAUUCAAGUUCACUUUUAUAUGAAAAUUCUCACAUUUCUGUCAAAGCUGCUGCUACAUCCAUCAUGUCUAUGGCUAUCGAAUUUAAUUUUCCAAAAAAUCUUAUUGAACGAAUAUUAAAACUUAUCAAAACGUUCUUACCAAUUCCAAAAUUGUUACCAACGGCCCUUGCAUCUAUACUUAAAUUAUUUGAUGAAACACCUGCAACGUUCUCCAAGUAUUAUUGUAAUUUAUGUCUUAAAUUAUGUACAUUACGAGCUGGGUGCAAAUUAUGUCAAAAUGAUCAAUGUAAAUUAUUCGACAAGGUUCUUCGAAAUAGUAAUAUUAUUGAAGUUGUCACUUUGGAUAUUAAACAACAGUUGAAGUCAAUAAUUACCAGAAAUAUUUCUUUAUUUGGCAACAACAAAUUUGUUGAACCAUUCAACAUCAGCUGUGGUACAUAUUAUAAAGAAAUGAUGGUGUUAUCAAAUACAUCAAACCAAAUCUCUAAAAAUCAAAUUUGUUCCAUUAGUCUCAACAUUCACACUGAUGGUGCGCCGUUGGUGCGUACAACGAAAUUUUCUUUAUGGCCGUGCAUGGUUUCUAUAGUGGAACUUCCUCCGCAAGUAAGAGAAAAUUAA